AUGACGAAGCAGGCGAGGAGGGCUCCGGCGGAGGCUCCUCCGGCGCAUGCGUACCUGGCACCUGUGGCUGGGGAUGAUUCUCGGGGGAUGUUCAGGCUCCAGGGGCUCAUGCAAGAUUACGACGAUCUGCUCAAGGUGAGAUCUACGCUUCCUCACCAAAAUCCGCUCGGAAAGUUGGAAUAAUCUGGCGCGUUGAGCCCCUCGUACCCUGAGGAUUUGGGGCCUUUUCCCGUUUAGGGUUUUCUGCACGUAGUUCUCUUUUCUUUAGAUUCAGAUCUAGGGUUCCUGCUCGCGUAGAGUUUCUCUCUUUUGAAGAUCAGACGAAGAUUUGCAGAUUCAGAGCCCCCCUCCUUCAUCCAUAGAUCUUUCUUCUCCCUUUUCGCCAGAUACACCUCCGAUUGUUUCAUCCACACAAGGGAAUUGAAUGAUCCCGACCUCUCUGUUUCUACAGGAAGCAGAAGCGAAGAGGAAGAGACUGCACAUGGAUCGACAGAGGGCGCUGAAACUCACUGACGAAGUCAGGUGAUCUCCCGGGCCUCGCCCAUCUUCUUCGGCUCCAAUUCAACUCGCAGAGCCGCCGCCCUUCUGAUCCGCUCUCUCCUUCUCAGAUUCCUGCGAAGAAGAUACAAGUACCUGACAGCGGAUCCAUCCCCCUUAAAGGUGAAGAGCGCCCGCCCUAAGAAUACCCCCAUGGCACCGAAGAACAGAGCGCGGAAAAAUUCCACCCUUCUCAACACAUCGCCUCAGAGCGAAGAACUCCCUCCUCGUCAACGCCAGAGGAGCCGGAGGGAGAAGGAACCCGCCGUGCCCACCAACGCGGCGGUUCUGGACCUGAACCAGAUCUCCCUGCCAGUAACCAUUCGCACUCUAUCCCGGGGAGAUUCCGCAUAUGCAUACGCCGGUGCGCGACCUCAUUAGGGUUUCUCUGUGACGGCAGAACGAGGAGGAAGGAGAAGGAGAAUUUCCGGGCGCAUGGGGGUCCCAUCCAAUGGAGAUGGCGGGGGGAGAUCUCAAGCUGUUGAUCUGCAGAGACACUGGGAGCGGGACGAGCAGGACGGGGAAGAGGAAGAUCUCUUGGCAGGAUCAGGUGGCUCUCAACGUCUGA